AUGCUUUCAAUAGAGCAACGGUACAAUAUCUGCCUGAUGGCGGAAAGGCACCCCAGGUGGACGCAGUUGGAGCUAGCAAAGUGGGCGUAUGAUACCUUCCAGUUGGAUAAAGUGCCCUCGCAGGGUACUAUAUCGCGGUUGCUGUCGAGGAAGUCGACGUAUAUGAAUUGCAAAGAGCACGAAAGAGAUGCCACGAGGCUGCGGACGCCGAAUAAUCUGCUUGUGCGCCGUAUUAUUCAGGAAUGGAUUUCUCAGAGUUUAUGGAACGGUAUCCCCAUCACAUCACCGAUUAUCCAAGAGACGGCCCACUCCGUGUGGCAGCGGAUACCACCGGAGUUUAGAGAAGGUAAUGGCUCCUUCAGUUACAAAUGGAUAACAAAUUUCCUUGCGAAGAUGGACGUCAACAUUUCUGCUCUAGAUGAAGAAUUGCCGAAGACGCCAAAAGUAUGGACAUUUGAAGAGAGAAGCGCAUUAAAGGAUCUUUUUGCUAAAGUUCCGCCAAAGGAUCUCUUCACACUAGAUGAAACAUUUAUCGCUUACAACUUGCCCUUGGACUAUGCUCAGUAUGAGGCGAGUAGGAUACAGAGAAAAAUAGAAGUAGCCACAGUUAUGCUUUGCUCGAACCUAGAUGGUUCAGAAAAGAUUAAGCCAAUGGUUGUAGGAAGAUACAAUAGUUAUAAGAGUUUUAGAAAUUAUUUUCCAUCAGAACCUAUAGAUCCAGUAUCACAGUCGAUGCUGGGCCAGAAAAUGGCAGAGAAGUUUAAUGUUACGUAUCACAGUAAUAGGAAAUCAUGGCUGACUAGUAACUUAUUCCAUAACUGGCUGGCACAAUGGGAUAAAAGAUUAGGCGCUUACAACAGGAAAAUUUGGAUUGUGCUCGACGAUUCGUGCUCUCACAGAAUUGUAAAUGUGCACCUCAAGAACAUUAAUCUGGUAUAUACGUCGGCUAAUUCAAGAUUUUUACCUUUUAAUUGGGGUGUAUUAGACGAGUUUAAAACAAGAUAUAGAAUUCAGCAAUAUCAAGCUCUGAUAGAGCUACAACGACGGUUGGAAAGCAAACUAAAAUCAAAAGAAAUAUUGAUAUCAUUCGAACAAAGUCAACUUACAAUGUCCAACGCAUUUAAGUUCAUCAGUCGAGCGUGGUCAGAUAUUCCAGUUGAUACCAUAAAAGCUAACUGGAAAAGUUCAGGACUCCUGCCAAAUGAUAUGAUAAAACUAAAUGAAACUGUAAGUAUGGCAUUCAAAAAAAAUGAAGCUCUUGAAGCGAAACUAGAGAAACUCUGUAACGAAUAUCACUGUGAGAAGAAAUGGGAUUAUGAGAUGCUUCUGGACUUAAAUAUAGAAAAUAAGAAUACCAACUUUCUGAGUACGGAAGAAUUGGUAGAAAGUGCCAUAAUUGAAAACUAUGAACCUGAUGGCGUCGACAACGAUGCUCAGCCAUCUACUAAUGAAUUCAAUGCACAGCUACCUGAAUCAGAAAACACAAAACAGUUCAUUGAGGGGCAAAAUGGAUACACUCACUUGGAGAGUAGGAAGAACUCGUUGAACAUCGGUGAUCCAAAGAGUAACUACAAUAGUGAUUUCCUGAACCUUAUCACCAGUGGUUACCAUGCCAACCAGAAUUCUACCUCCUCUAAUAAUGAUGCAUUCACUCAGACAAACAUCUUUGAUGUGAGUACUCUGAUUGAUAAAUCUAACAUAUUUAUGGACGCGAAUGAUGAUAAUAUAGACUUUAACAAUGUUAAUGUUGAUUUGCCGCUAGGUAAUGAAGAAUAUCUGAACGAUUUGUUUCCUCAAUCGAUUGAUGUUUCACAUACUACUACGAAGCCUAUUGAUAUACAUGACAAUAGUGCUAUAAUUGAACAAACAUUUGAUGAUUUAACUACUGGUAAAACAGAUCGUACAAAUUCUGUUGAACAUGAUGAUAGUACUAACCAAUUGGAUAACAAUGUUCAACAGAUUUUGGAUUUUUACGGGACCAGUCCGGAAUCUCAUACAUCUUCAAAUGGCUUAAAAAGCGUGCAAACAUCAGACUCUUCAAGUCCUUUGGACACAAUCCAAGAAGGAAAUUCAUUAAAGACGGACAUAGAAAUUGCUAGCUCUUUACAGGUACUAUUGAAGCAUAUUAAUCACAAUACUUUAAAGUUUAAUAAAAGAACUGUUAAACAGCUUUCAAAUACUUAUCAAGAGCUGGUUAAAAAGGUAAAGAAAAAUCAAAACCAGCAAAAACAAAAGCCCGAACAGUUCAAAUUUGAGGAUAUUUUUUUCAAUAAUUCAAACUCUGAUAAUCCAACUACAAAUGAAUCUAACUAUGAUCUCGCAUUGGAGAAAACCAACGGCGGAACCUCACAAUUUCAGGUUAAGGAAGUGGAUCCCUUUUUUUAG